AUAUUUCUUCUUUACCUUCUUCUUCUUCUUCUUCUUGACAAACUGGAAAGGCACAUUGGGUUGGAAUUCCCUCACCAAUUUCCAUAAUUCCAACAAAAAAAUGCUACUUCUUCCUUCUCCACCUUCAUCGUAUCCAUCUUCAUCCUCACUUCCCCCCAUUUCUGACUCCAAAUGCCUUCCUAUCUUUCAUCUUCCUACCACUCUCUCCCCCCGUCGGAUCUUCCACAUCCGCUCAUUUGCCACCAAUAGAACCACCGCCCUUGAUUCCUUCACUCAACGCUCCGGUUACCUCUUCGAUCUAACCGCAUACGAGUCCGAGUCCUUGGCCGAAUACAGCGCCUCCAAGAUUGCCGCCAUUUAUCGGAGGAAGCCGCUUCUUGUUCUUCGGAGACUUCUUCAGGUCGGUUCUACUUUUGGCCGAUGGUUUGGUCUACGCCUUAUCGAUGAUUUGAGGGAAAGGUCCGACCUCAUGUUCGAGGUCAGAGCUGCUGAACUUAGGAAUAUAUUGGUGGAGCUCGGUCCGGCAUACAUCAAAAUUGCUCAGGCUGUCUCAUCUCGAGCUGAUUUGAUACCACCUUCUUAUUUGGAUGAACUCUCACUUUUACAAGACCAAAUAGCUCCGUUCUCAUCUCAACUUGCUUUUGAUACAAUAGAACAAGAACUAAAUAUACCUUUAGAUGAGCUUUUUUCUGAGAUAUCACCUGAGCCAACUGCUGCAGCAUCUCUUGGGCAGGUUUAUCAAGCAAGGCUUCGACGUAACGGACAAGUUGUUGCUGUCAAAGUUCAAAGGCCUGGAGUUCAGGCUGCUAUAGCACUGGAUAUCUUGAUCUUGCGGUAUCUAGCUGCUGUAUUUCGCAAGGUGGGCAAGUUAAAUACUGAUCUCCAGGCAGUUGUUGAUGAAUGGGCAACGAGUCUUUUCAAGGAGAUGGAUUACAGGAGAGAAGCAAAUAAUGGUCGUAAGUUCAGACAGUUGUACGGAAGCUUGCAAGAUGUAUUGGUUCCUCAAAUGUUCAUGGAGCACACAACACGUAGGGUCCUUACUAUGGAAUGGGUAAAGGGGCAGAGGUUAACAGAGACGAAGGAUCUUUACUUGGUGGAGGUUGGGGUAUACUGCUCCUUCAAUCAACUUCUGGAAUAUGGAUUCUAUCAUGCAGAUCCUCACCCUGGAAAUCUUCUUCGCACCUCUGACGGAAAACUAGCUUAUUUAGAUUUUGGUAUGAUGGGUGAAUUUAAACAAGAGCUUCGUGAUGGAUUUAUUGAAGCUUGUCUCCAUCUUGUAAACCGUGAUUUUGAUGCAUUGGCCAAGGAUUUUGUCACCCUUGGGCUUCUUCCACCAACUGCAGAUAGACAAGCAGUCACACAGGCAUUAACAGCUGUAUUCCAAAACGCUGUUUCCAAAGGAGUAAGAAGUAUUAGCUUUGGGGACCUUCUGGGAAACUUAGGAACCACAAUGUAUAAAUUCAAAUUCCGUAUACCUUCAUAUUUUUCUCUCGUCAUUAGGAGCCUUGCAGUACUGGAGGGAAUUGCUGUCAGCUUUGACCCUAAUUACAAAGUUUUAGGCAGUACAUAUCCAUGGAUUGCUAGAAAAGUACUGACUGGCAAUUCACCCAAGCUCAAGUCCUCCCUGAUAUCCCUGCUUUAUAAAGAAGGAGUUUUCAGGAUUGAUCGUUUGGAGUCUCUGAUUACAGAGUCACUUCGUGCUAGAAUGGAUAAGUCAGUGAUAAAAGAUGUAGAGAAUCAGAGCAACAGGGUAGUUGUCAAGGAAGUCCUUUCCUUCGCACUGUCUGAGAAAGGGUCCUUCCUAAGAGAUUUGCUUCUCCAAGAAUUAGCUAAGGGUUUGGAUGCACUGGGAUUGGCAACAUUGGAUUCCAUAAAUUCUAUGACUGCUGCAAGGAUACCUUUUGGCUCUUCAAUUUCUGUCUCUAUGAUGACCAAAGAAGAUGUGAACAACUUGAGAACAUUGGGUCGCCUUAUACUCUUGCUGUCAGGAUCUCAGGAAAAUGAUUCAAGCCAGAUAAUUUUGCAGGGAGACAAUAAGAAUCAACUGACGGGUUUGGAUGAAGCAUCUGUACGGGAACUUUUAUCUGUACUCUCUGUUAUUCUUGAGCUUCCGCCAGAAUCACAGCAACAAAUACUUAACCUACCAGUAGAGGUUGGAAGACGUUUGAUUUCCCGCGUUACUGCAAGAACCCUUAGAAGGUUGUGGAGCUGAGGAACUAUUUGAAUUGGAUACAACAGAAAAUGUAAUCUUAUAAACCAAUCAAAAUUUAAUUUUAAAAAUGUCUUUCAUUCAUACUGAACGCUUACAGAACAAUAAAGUUUUACUGAUAAGUUUCCAUAUUCUCAAACAAAGUCAUGAGCCAAAGCUAAAUAAAGGGAUCGUUUGUCAUGGAAUUGGAUGACACCUAAAUGUGUAGCUUAUUUACUGUUAAAGAAAUUAGGGUUUAUUCCUAUUUCAUGA